CCCGGGAUCCGCCGGCACCUCCCGGGCCCGGCACUCGCCGCUGCCGCCAACUCGGGCCGGGAGUGGCGCUCGGAGCCGCCGCUGCCGGAGCCCAGCGCGGCCGCGGGCACGGGGAGGGCAGCGCCGGCAGCGUCCGCCCCGCUCCCCUCUGGGCCCCGGGGCAGGUGCGUCCCCUCGCGGUCUCCGGCCGCCGCGACGCCGCCGAGCGGGGCGCGGAGCCCCGUGCCCGCCGCGGGCGCCCGCUCACCUGCCGCUGCCGCCGGCGGCGCCCGGGAGAUGCAGGGCGCCCCGUCCCGGCGGCCGGCUCCGCGGGGACUGCCCCCGCAGCCCACCAUGACCGGGCCGAGGCUGGCCCUCGCCGCCGCGCUCCUCUGCAGCUGCACCUCGCCGGUGGCCGACGCCAACUCCUGGUGGUCCUUGGCCAUGAACCCCAUCCAGAGGCCUGAGAUGUACAUCAUCGGCGCCCAGCCGGUGUGCAGCCAGCUGCCGGGGCUGUCCCCCGGGCAGCGCAAGCUCUGCCAGCUCUACCAGGAGCACAUGGUGUUCAUCGGGGAAGGGGCCCGCAGCGCCAUCAAGGAGUGCCAGUACCAGUUUCGGCAGCGGCGGUGGAACUGCAGCACGGUGGACAACACUUCCGUCUUCGGGAGGGUCAUGAAAAUAGGCAGCCGAGAGACCGCCUUCACCUACGCGGUGAGCGCGGCCGGCGUGGUGAACGCCAUCAGCCGCGCGUGCCGCGAGGGCGAGCUGUCCAGCUGCGGCUGCAGCCGCACCGCCCGGCCCAAGGACCUGCCCCGGGACUGGCUGUGGGGCGGCUGCGGCGACAACGUGGAGUACGGCUACCGCUUCGCCAAGGAGUUCGUGGACGCCAAGGAGAGGGAGAAGAACUACGUGCGAGGCUCGGAGGAGCAGGCCCGCAUGCUGAUGAACCUGCAGAACAACGAGGCCGGCCGCAGGGCCGUGUACAAGCUGGCAGACGUGGCCUGCAAGUGCCACGGCGUGUCGGGCUCGUGCAGCCUCAAGACCUGCUGGCUGCAGCUGGCCGACUUCCGCAAGGUGGGCGACCUGCUGAAGGAGAAGUACGACAGCGCCGCCGCCAUGAGGAUCAGCCGCAAGGGCAAGCUGGAGCUGGUGAACAACCGCUUCAACAUGCCCACCCAGGAGGACCUGGUCUACGUGGACCCCAGCCCGGACUAUUGCCUCCGCAACGAGACCACGGGCUCGCUGGGCACGCAGGGCCGGCUGUGCAACAAGACCUCGGAGGGCAUGGAUGGCUGCGAGCUGAUGUGCUGCGGGAGGGGCUACGACCAGUUCAAGAGCGUGCAGGUGGAGCGCUGCCACUGCAAGUUCCACUGGUGCUGUUACGUCAAGUGUAAAAAGUGCACAGAGAUCGUUGACCAGUAUGUCUGUAAAUGAAAGGAGCUGCCGAAGCGACAAAUCUAUAUUAUAUAAAUCUAUAUAAAUAUAUUUUAUAUUUGUAUAAAUAAACAGAUUAUAAUAAUUAAAGAAGCUUAUUUAAGAGACA